AUGGCAGAUGCUUGCCGGUUGUUUCCGUGGAAAGACGAUCAAAAGGCUCUUGCUAACGAACUAUGGAACUUGAUGGAGAUGCCGCAUAUCAAUGACGAUGUGAAAACUGACGCUCUGCUAAAGCUUGUCAAGUCUUUCAUCUUUGUCACCGUUCGAGGAGACGUUUUCAGCAGCGGGCUGUUGCAUUUUCUGGCUGUACUGAGUAUUGAUGAGGAGAUGGGUCGACUCCGUGAGGCAAACGAUUUCUCAUACAUGCUAGCCGGUGUGGUCUACGACACACGCAUUUUUGCAGUCGAGGCGAUCUUGCCGUCAACAGAACGGGACCGUCAAGAUGAAGAAGACGACAGAAAUUUUCUCAGCAUACGAGAGCGCUAUCUAACCGAUGGUGGAUACAGUCCGAUGAGCAAGAUGAUAAGUCUUUUGGCUUACGGCAAACUCAUCGCUCGGGAUCACGGCAAUCAAGGCUCAGUCUUAUGGGAUGAUGACAAGAAAGUCGUGUCGCUACACGGCCGCAAGAUACCCGUCACCUGGUUUAAGUCAUUGGUAACCGGUGGUAUAACAGAUGCUGAGAAGAUCUUGUGGAAAAAGGUCAUGUAG